UAGUCCUAAAAGCAGCAAGCUUAGUUGCGAACCAGCCGCGGAAGAACCACAUACUCCAGAAGUCCUCGCGUCCCCUCUCCCCCGCCCCUCCUGGAGUCGGAGUGCUGUUUUUGUUGUUGGUGAAAGGUGAGGGAACAGCUGAUCGCCUGUGGGGAGAGCAGAUAUCUUGAGGGCAGGAUGGAAGAAUCAUCACUAAGCCGGACACUGUCCCGGGGAGGAGUCAACUUUCUGAAUGUUGCCCGGACCUACAUCCCCAACACCAAGGUGGAAUGUCACUAUACCCUCCCACCAGGCACCAAGCCCAGUGCCAGUGACUGGAUUGGCAUUUUCAAGGUCGAGGCUGCCUGUGUUCGGGAUUACCACACGUUUGUGUGGUCUUCAGUGCCUGAUAGUACCACUGAUGGUUCUCCUAUCCACGCCAGUGUUCAAUUCCAAGCCAGUUACCUGCCCAAACCAGGAGCACAGCUCUACCAGUUCCGAUAUGUGAACCGCCAGGGCCGGGUGUGUGGUCAGAGCCCUCCUUUCCAGUUCCGAGAGCCAAGGCCCAUGGAUGAGCUGGUGACCCUGGAGGAGGCUGAUGGAGGCUCUGACAUCCUGCUUGUUGUCCCCAAGGCCACCGUGCUUCAAAACCAACUGGAUGAGAGCCAGCAAGAACGGAAUGACCUGAUGCAGCUGAAGUUGCAGCUGGAGGGGCAGGUGGCAGAGCUGAGGAGCAGAGUGCAAGAGCUUGACAUGGCUUUGGUGACUGCCAGGCAGAAUCAUGCAGAGCUGACAGAGCAGUACAAGGGGCUUUCCCGGUCCCAUGGGGAGCUCACAGAAGAGAGGGACAUCCUGAGCCGCCAACAGGGAGACCAUGUGGCACGCAUCCUAGAGCUGGAAGAUGACAUUCAGACCAUCAGUGAGAAAGUGCUGACAAAGGAGGUGGAGCUAGACAGGGUUAGAGACGCAGUUAAGGCCCUGACUCGGGAACAAGAGAAGCUCCUGGGGCAGCUGAAGGAAGUCCAAGCAGACAAGGAGCAAAAUGAGGCUGAGCUCCAAAUGGCACAACAGGAGAACCACCGCUUAAAUGUGGAGCUGCAGGAGGCCAAGGGUCGGCAAGAAGAGCAGAGUGCUCAGGCCCAGAGACUGAAGGACAAGUUGGCCCAGAUGAAGGAUACCUUAGGCCAGGCCCAGCAGCGAGUGGCUGAGCUGGAACCCCUGAAGGAGCAGCUUCGAGGAGCCCAGGAGCUUGCAGCCUCAAGCCAGCAGAAGGCUGCCCUUCUUGGGGAGGAGUUGGCCAGUGCAGCAGGAGCCAGGGACCGCACCAUAGCGGAAUUACACCGCAGCCGCCUGGAAGUGGCUGAAGUCACCGGCAGGCUGGCUGAGCUCAGUCUGCACCUGAAGGAGGAAAAAUGCCAGUGGAGCAAGGAGCGGGCAGGGUUGCUGCAGAGUGUGGAGGCAGAGAAGGACAAGAUCCUGAAGCUUAGUGCAGAGAUCCUUCGGCUGGAAAAGGCAGUUCAGGAGGAGAGGACCCAGAACCAAGUGUUCAAGACUGAACUGGCCCGGGAAAAGGAUUCUAGCCUGGUGCAGUUGUCAGAGAGUAAGCGCGAGUUGACAGAGCUUCGGUCCGCCCUGCGUGUGCUCCAGAAAGAAAAGGAGCAGUUGCAGGUAGAAAAGCAGGAACUGCUAGAGUACAUGAGAAAGCUGGAGGCCCGCCUGGAGAAGGUGGCAGAUGAGAAGUGGAAUGAGGAUGCUGCCACAGAGGACGAGGAGACCACUGCGGGGCUGAGCUGCCCAGCGCCUCUCACAGACUCAGAGGAUGAGUCCCCAGAAGACAUGAGGCUCCCGCCCUAUGGCCUGUGUGAGCAUGGAGACCCAAGCUCUUCUCCUGCUGGGCCCCGAGAGGCUUCUCCCCUGGUUGUCAUCAGCCAGCCGGCUCCCAUUGCUCCCCACCUCUCAGGGCCAGCUGAGGACAGUAGCUCUGACUCGGAGGCUGAGGACGAAAAAUCAGUCCUGAUGGCCGCUGUGCAGAGUGGGGGUGAGGAGGCCAACCUGCUGCUUCCUGAACUGGGCAGUGCCUUCUAUGACAUGGCCAGUGGCUUUACUGUGGGACCCCUGUCAGAGGCCAGCACUGGGGGCCCUGCCACCCCCCCAUGGAAGGAGUGCCCUAUCUGUAAGGAGCGCUUCCCUGCUGAGAGUGACAAGGAUGCCCUGGAGGACCACAUGGAUGGACACUUCUUUUUCAGCACCCAGGACCCUUUCACCUUUGAGUGAUUCCCCCCCUCUCUAGUAUAUGCACAAAUAUACACUUACACACACAUGCACACACUCAUGCACAGACACACACUUGGGUCUCAUACAUGUUUUCCAUCACACCAAGUUCCAUAAUAUUCUGCUCCUGUGUGCCCUGUUUUCAUCCCACGCUUUCUAACUUCGUCCUCUCCCGCCUGGCCCUUUUGUCCCAGGCAGGGGUCCUUCUUGGAAGCAGUGGCUGCAUUUAUCCCCUGAAAGCGGUUUUAGAGGAACCAGGAUGGAGAAGACCUUCCCCUCUGGGAAUAGAAUUGUCCACUGCUAGCCCCGGAGGCUUCUGGUAUCUAGAGCCACCACACACAGGCUCCUACACACUCCCCUCUCUGUUGCCCCAAAGCCAGUUCCUGGGGCACCACACUUUCUCUUAUUUGGGGCUUAUGUUUAUUUACCUGAGUUUUCUCUGGGGCCUGUAUAGAGGCAGCAGUGUGGACAUCAUGACCUCUUUGGGUCUCAGCUUCAGUGGUUCCUCUUUCUGUUCCCCACUUGACUUCCACACCCCAUCCCAGCCUUUCCCAUAGCCUUAGAUAUUAAGUUUGGAGGUUCAUUUUGUAUUUUUAAGGAUUCCUGUCUGUCUCCUGCCACCCCCAACCCCCCACAUACACCCAUAUCUUUACAUGGAAAGAAAUAAUGUAUUUGUGCCUUCUGUGAGGGAUGGGGGAACAAGUGAUUCCAGGUGUCCUCAUUUCCUGGCCUCUCCUCCUUCUCAAGGUCCCCCACAGCAAUAAAAACUUCUUCCUCCCGCCUUAUCCCUCCCCUCUUAUAUGUAGUUUGGACAAAUAUAUUUAUAUGAUAUGUGUAA